AUGUGGGGAGCUACCCUUGACCACGUUCUGGAGGUCGAAGUAGUCAUUGCGAACGGGAGCGUUGUCACAGCGAACGAAAGAUCGUAUGAGGAUUUAUUUUUCGCUAUAAGAGGAGCUGGUGCAGUCUUCGGCAUUGUCACCGAGUUUAAAAUGCGAACGCACCGAAAGCCACCAGUAACUCUGCAUUUUGCUAAACGCACUUCAUACACCCAGCGUGAACAAAUCAUUGAGGAGUUUUUGAGCUGGCAAAACCUUACAGCGGACCCUGACCUCGACCCACGUUUCGGCACCGAGUUCGCCCUUGAGCCUCAGGGUUCUAAGCUCACAGGAACGUGGUUUGGGACGGAGGAGGAUUUUCAAAACUCAGGCAUCUCGGAACGGACUCCUGGUGGCCUCAGAGCGAUCGAGUCUAACUGGAUCGAGACGGCUCGCUGGCAGUGGGAGAAUGCGCAACUCUACCUCGCCGACGUGCCUACUGAGUUCUUCUCGCGUAGCCUCGGUUUCAGAAAACAGGACCAUCUUUCACGGAACGCCACUGAGAAUCUUGUGAGACGAGUUGAGAAAGACAACAAGAGAAUCGACUUCAAUUGGUUUAUCAUUUUCGACGCCACAGGUGGCGAGGUAGCAAAGCCUGACAUGGACUCAACGGCGUACGCGCAUCGAGACAAAGUCCGGUUUUAUCAGUCGUAUGGCUACAGUCUUCGGUGA